GCUAGUAUUUUUGGUUCAGUAUUUAUUACAUAAAGUAGUACAUGUACUCCAGAAUAUAUAGAAUGGACUGGAGGCUUAGUGUUGUGACUUGGUUUUUGGAUCUAUGAUUACAGAAGAUUUUCAAAAUGCUGCCAUACUGUUCAAAUGGAACAGAUUUGACCGAAGUGUGGAUUGACAGUGGACUCAACCAAUGUCUGAUUGACACUAUAAUUGUCUCAGUUCUGUUCCUAAUAAUUGUAAUCUUCGGCUGUCUGCAAUGUUCCAUGUACCGCAAAUAUGCCACCAGCCUAGAGGAGAAAUACAUCAACACCAACCUGGGCUCAGUUUUACAGAUAUUUCUAACAGUUAUAAGGAUUAUGGAAUCAUUAUCUCACAUUGUAAUGACGGAUAUGAUGAAAAUAAGAGGUGGCGUCGUGGGGUAUGAUAUCUUGAUUUUCUUAUGCCUUCUGGUUGCGUGGUCUGCAAGUUUGAGGAUCUUGGCUCUGGAACGUAAGAAGCUGCUUCCGACUGUCUCGUCUUCGAGGCAUGGCCUGGUACUUCUGGUUUUCUGGACCCUUUCUUUCCUGUGGGAGAACCUGGCAUUCGUUAGCUGGUGGAGUCAUCAGUACUGGUGGUAUUUGAAAGGAGCAGAGGAUUAUGGAGAAUUUGCAUUGUGGCUGAUUCGAUACCUGUCCACUGGAGCUCUGUUUGUUCUGGGGUUUAAAGCACCAGGCCUUCCCAACAAUAGGUACAAGGCACUGAUUGACAGCAGGGAAGAAACGAAAGACAAGAAAGCUAGCACGGGUGGGAAGAAGGCUGAGUCAACAUGGAGCAAUGUGUUUGUGAAACUGAAGAUGAUGAUGCCAUAUGUGUGGCCGAAAGGAAGCUGCUGGCGUCAAUGGAUCGUCGUUGCGUGUCUGGUACUUCUUGCCGCAGGGCGGGGCCUAACAUUGCUGGUGCCUAUCUAUAACAAGAAUAUUGUGAACAGUUUAACAUCUGACCGGUCAGCAGACGACAAUGUUGAUGUUAACAAGAGUCUGGUAUUCCGCUGGGAUUUCAUCUGUGUCUACUGCUUGCUGCUCUUCUUUAAAGGAAGCAGUGGAGGUGGCUCUGGAUUCCUGAGCAACAUGCAGACUUUCCUGUGGAUUCCUGUCCAGCAGUUCACAACUAGAAGGAUUCAAGUGAAACUGUUUGGACACCUGCACAACCUUUCUCUGGGCUGGCACCUGAAAAGGAAGACUGGAGAAGUUCUCAGGGUAGUGGACCGUGGAACCAACAGUUUGAAUAACUUGCUCAACUAUGUGGUGUUCCAGAUCAUGCCAACUAUAGUUGACAUAAUAAUUGCAGUGAUCUACUUUGUCACUGUCUUCAACUACAUAUUUGGGCUGGUCGUGUUCGUAGCUAUGGCCGCAUACCUUGCUGUUACCAUAUUCAUCACGGAAUGGAGGACCAAGUACCGACGUGAUAUGAAUACUUUGGACAAUGAAACAAAUGCAAAGGCUGUGGACUCACUCCUGAACUUUGAAACAGUAAAAUAUUAUGGAGCUUCAGAGUUUGAGAUUGACCGAUACAACAAAGCAAUUAUAAACUACCAGAAAGCAGAGUGGAAGUCAACAGCAUCUCUCAACCUCCUCAACUCGGCACAGAACAUCGUGAUAACUUCAGGUGUGCUUGCUGGUUCGCUGCUGUGUGCUUGGGCAGUGGUUCAUAGCCUUAACGGGUUACACCUCACUGUGGGUGAUUACGUGCUGUUUGGAACGUACAUAAUACAGCUGUAUGGACCACUUAACUGGCUUGGCACAUAUUAUAGGAUGAUCCAGCAAGCAUUUGUAGACAUGGAAAACAUGUUUGAAUUACUGGAAACUGGCAUGGAUGUAAAGGAUGAUCCAGAUGCUCGGGAUAUGCAGAUCCAAGGCGGCUGCAUUGAGUUCAAGGACGUGCAGUUCAAAUAUGAGCCUACGAAACCAAUCCUGAAGGGUAUUUCUUUUCGAGUACCAGCGGGCCAGACGUUUGCCUUGGUCGGUCAUUCAGGAAGUGGAAAAAGCACCAUUAUUCGGCUGUUGUUCCGAUUCUAUGACAUUGAAUCUGGGGCAAUCCUCAUCGAUGGUCAGGACAUAUCAAAGGUUAAACAGGAGUCCCUGAGGAGAUGUAUAGGCGUGGUACCACAAGACACAGUGCUGUUCAACAAUGACAUCAUGUACAACAUUCGCUAUGGGCGUGUAACCGCGGGCGACAGUGAGGUCAAGGAUGCUGCUGCGGCCGCCGAUAUCCAUAGCAGAAUUCUGACUUUCCCAAACCAAUAUGAGACAGUUGUUGGUGAGAGGGGUCUGAAACUGAGUGGGGGUGAGAAACAGCGUGUGGCCAUCGCUAGGACCUUACUCAAGUCUCCAGCCAUUGUGCUCUUAGAUGAGGCUACUUCGGCUUUAGACACCAAAACAGAGCGUAACAUCCAGUCGUCUCUAGCACGGGUCUGUGAGAACAGGACCACAAUCAUAGUAGCCCACCGUCUGUCCACCAUUAUACACGCGGACAUGAUACUUGUCUUAGAAGAGGGGGAGGUUGUCGAACAGGGAACGCACGAGGAGCUGCUAUCAAAAGAAGGCCACUACUAUGGGAUGUGGCAGCAACAAUUGAGCAAACUGGAGGAGGAAAAACCGGAUCCGGAAGUAGUGCAAGUGGCAGUUGUGGAACAUCAUGCAGUGAACUGAAACUUGGAUCCCAUCAUAUCAAAGUUUUUACUUCAAGUUCUAGUUACAGCUGAAUUGUGUGGUUUAUGAAAAUAUUUUAGUCCUGCUCUGGGAAAACAGGACUUAAAUUAUGUGCAUUAAGUGUCAUUAGCAGUCGGAACAGGCUAACCAACACUUUCUUCUUUUAUGGUAAGUUUGGUUAAAGAAAGACUCUUCUAUUGAAAAUCAAGUUCAGGCGGAAAGUGACGUCCCUGAGUAUCCUGUGCAGACUUCACUUGCUUAUCUGGGACGACACUGAGUCCCUGAGUAUCCUGUGCAGACUUCACUUGCUUAUCUGGGAGGACACUGAGUCCCUGAGUAUCCUGUGCAGACUUCACUUGCUUAUCUGGGACGACACUGAGUCCCUGAGUAUCCUGUGCAGACUUCACUUGCUUAUCUGGGAGGACACUGAGUGCCUGAGUAUCCUGUGCAGACUUCACUUGCUUAUCUGGGAGGACACUGAGUCCCUGAGUAUCCUGUGCAGACUUCACUUGCUUAUUUGGGAGGACACUGAGUCCCUGAGUAUCCUGUGCAGACUUCCCUUGCUUAUCUGGGAGGACACUGAGUCCCUGAGUAUCCUGUGCAGACUUCACUUGCUUAUCUGGGAGGACACUGAGUCCCUGAGUAUCCUGUGCAGACUUCACUUGCUUAUCUGGGAGGACACUAAAUGCACUUUCAUUUUGCCCUGAGUAUCCUGUGCAGACUUCACUUGCUUAUCUGGGAGGACACUAAAUGCACUUUCAUUUUGCCCUGUUUUCAAAGAGCGACACUCAUUUAGAUUCAUUUUCUGCAGAUCCCAAGAAUGCGUUCAUGGUUUGGAUACCAAGAAAAAUAAUAUAAUUUUAAAUUUAAGUUAAAAGAUGUGAGUUGUUAAUCAUUUAUGUUCCUUUGCACAUUGCAUUGUAAUGAUCAGAUGUUCACCAAUGUCAAAUAAGACUUCUCCCUUGUACUUGGAUGUCAUUCAUAUCUGCUCAGAUUUAGAGAUCCUUUUCAUCAGUCUUGCAUGUAAGCUUAACAACACCUCUUUAAUAUAGGAGUAUUAAAUAAAGACGGUUUUGGUUAAUUAUUGAUGCACAAUAUGAUGAUAAAUAAACCAACAUACCCGGGCAAUUUUGAUGAUAAGGAAUGAGCUGUUGAUUUCUAAUACAAUUUGUAUGGGCUGCUACUUUACUAGACAUAAAUACAAUGGCAGUCGACGUUAACUAUCUUGAUAUAGCCUAUUCUUGUCAAUGAUGAGCUCAAGAGUCCUAAAUAAUGAGCCUUCUUGUACUUGUAAUUAAGGGCAAAAAAAUCUUUAUUUUCAGUCUUACUAAAUACAGCCCCCUGAUGAAACACCAUUUGAUACGCAAAACCCAAAUAAACAAUAUAGAAAGGCAUAAUGAUUCACAAUAUAUUUGUACCCGUGAGUUAUGUUUACCUUUGUGAAUCUUCAUUUGUUUUUAACAAGUGAAGAAAGGCCUGUAAAUUAACCAAUCAUGCCAGCACUACCUCAAUUAAAUCAAUGAUGUGAUAUAAAAUCAGAAGAACAGUUGGUAACAGAAAAUAACUAUAGGGCUCUGGAAAAAUCGUGCUUCAUGUGUGUGUGUGUGUGUAUAUAGUAUGGAUCCGGAAUAGCCUGUGAGGUCUGCACUUCGUAGCAAUGAUGUAGUAAUUUGUUUUAAUUAACACUGUUGCACUUUCUUUUUCUAAUAAAUGUUGUUUUCAGUUUUUUUAUUCAUUAAGGCAAGUUGUAGCUUAAUAUUUUGUGAGUAAAUCUAAACAGCUUGCAGAAACUUGAAAUAUCGAGUGAUCUUGUGUGGUAUGUUUAAGGUUGUUGCUUAUAAACAUUUCCUUGAGAAGAUUGAAGCUAUGUUUUGAGUUAAUUUCAUAUUGUUUACUUGUGAUCAGAGUUGUGUUUUUGUUUUUCAGUGUAAAAAAUGUAAUAUGAUAUUUUGUGAUUGCAUUCCUUCACACAUGAUAUUUUGUGAUUGCAUUUUUUCACACCUCACUGGAAUUCAAUAUCAUUUGUGAUUUGAUUAGCUAGAUAACUAUUAAAUCUUCAAUAAUAUGAUGAAUAUUUUAUUAAGUAUGGUGUUUUCAUGAAUAAUGGACUAUUUUUGCACAGUUUUCAAAAAACAUAUCUUAUCGUUCUGUUCAUUUAUAAUUAUGUAACUUUUGAAAAUGUUAUUUACAUUGUGGUACGUUUUG